AUGUCUACAACACAAAAUGCAGGUCCAUCUUGGCUUGCGCCGUACGAAGUUUGCCAUGGUCUCGACACCGUCCGGAGACGCCAAGCAAAACUCGAGCGCCACGAGAUUCUACACCACCUCCGUGGGAGCCUGGAGGAGCACCAUCGCAACCAACUGGAGACCUUUCAGAUUCACCAUACACAUCUCCUCAAAGAUAUGUCACAUAUCGGCGAGAUCAUGGGGCUGAAUUGUUGGAACAAGACCGUCCCGAUCUUUCUGCUGAAAGGCCCUGCAGGCAGAGCAGGCUAUCCUGAAAUGCUUCGGCCUACCCUCCACAACUACCUCUAUCGCCGGUGGUUCCGCCCCUACCGUACCGAUAGACCAGCAGUCCAAGACGAAGACGCUGCGGUAGAAAUGACUAUGAGCAUGCACGGUACUGUCUGCUCCAACUUCGACAGCAGGAUACCCACGAUAAAGCCCGAGAAACAGCAGUAUUACAUAACUCGACCUCUAUUCAGAGCCAUGGCUAUUGCCAUCCAGGGCAAAGUCUAUUCUCGAUGCUACGAUAGUCGUCCCCUUUCCUAUAUGCCCGUCUUGAUCAUCCUCACUAGCCAGGAUGACGGGUUAAGUGCACCUAUUACGUUUGACUCGAAUUUAUGGCAAGGCAGCGGCUCGCACGAAUCUCGAAACAGUCAUAGGCUUUGUCAUAGCCUUGGAGGAACGCGAGGACGCGGCAUUUGGUCCACAGCUCGACCCGGUUGCCUCCACGGCCAACUCAUGCUACCUUUUCCGGGAGAACCGUGCCGAACAACUCGACUGGGACAAUGGGCCAUUGGCAGGACCAAGCUCACAGUGGAUGGAUAUGAAUCAGUAUCCAACCUGGACUGGGCUGGGAGCUCGGUACGACCGUACUCUCAACAUCAUAGAGCGAAGACCGUUUGA